AUGGUAUCACUCGUUCUGCUCCAUCUGACCUUCGUCACUUCGGUACUUUCCCAAUUUAGUCGGGCUGAUGAAAGCGAUGGGUUUUAUAAUCCUCCGCCACACGAAUACCCUAAUCAUUCCUCAAAUCCCGUAUGGGUAAUCGGCGAAAGGCAAGUUAUUCGAUGGUCGACAUCGUUCCCAGAAUACUCAAUGGUCUUAAUGCAACAAUCGCGCAACGGAUCUGUAGAUGAGGACGGUCCAUCUGUAUUUGAGACCACAAAGGCGACGGUUACACAAUUCGACUGGCUGGUCCAAAAUUUUCAGUUCGAUUUAGCGGUUUCAAACAUUUUCUAUUUCAUGAUCGCUGGUGAUAGUUCGGGAUUUUCCUCUUUUCCCUUUAAUAUGACGAGUGCACCUCUCUCGACCACGUCCUCGACCAGCACGACAUUUUCUACCCCCACAAGUACGUUAGGAUAUACAAGUACUCUUCCGACUCUCCCCUCAUCACCUACACCGAGCGAUACCUCAUCGAGUGGCCUUUCGAAGACUAGCUUGGUUGGGAUAGGGAUCGGCGUGGCAAUAGCUAUUGUGCUUGCUAUUGUCAGUGCGUUUAUUAUUUAUUCUCGGAAGAAGGAGAAGGCAGGGCCGGAACACCAACCAUUACAACAAAAUCCCAUACCAGAGCCCACAGUGUUGCUGCUCCCCUUGAAGCCGGUGGAGAUGGAACAUGUUGAUAGGGGGCCCGGACCCCCUCCGGUGGAGCUGGCUUGA